AUGCCUUCAGGUCCUAAGAAGAGAAAAGCUGCUAGGAGGAAGAAGGAACUUAACCUCUCAUCAACCAAUAACCCUCCUCAAGGAAAUCAUGAUUUGAAGAUUCGAAAUGAGAAAACGGAUGAUGGCAGAGGCGAUAAUUUGCCUGCAUAUCACGAGAAUAGUGACAUUCGUGAUCAAUUUGAUGAUGGAAGUGAAAUGGUUCAUAAGAGAGACCCGUCAACUGCUCGACCAAUUGCUUCUGAUGUUGUGUCUGUGGAAGAAGUUUGUGGAAAGAAGGAUAUUGUUGUUAUGAUAAAGAAAGGUUUGAGACCUAAGGAUGGUUAUGAGAAAGAAAAUGGAAGGUUGGAGCAUAUUGAAACUGCGAAGGAAUUAUGUUACGAGAGUGGUAUUUCAAAUGGUGAAUCCCUAGCUGAAAAGAACUCAAAGGAUGAGAUUUAUAAUUUGCUUGAAGAGAAAACUGCAUGUCAUGAGUUGGUUAAACCGGAUUUAUCUUCAGCUUCCAACACGACUGCGGUUUCCAUGUCUGGGAUAGCAAAGUGCAAUACUGGAGUAUCCCCUCUUCUAGAAGUGAUUGAUCUUACUGGGAAGAUGAAUCAGGAUAGCGUAUAUCCCUUAACAAAUGCAAAUGCUACAGCAUUGAGUUUGGAGGAUCCUAAGCCAAAGGAAUUGAAUAGUAAAGUGUUAACUUCAUUGUCUCGUAGUCCAUUGACUAAUGGUGCAGUACAUACUAAGAAUUCCAAGACUCCAGAAUGCUCAAAAAAUCAGACUUCCGUAAGGUUGGCUCCAAAUUUAGUGCAGAAGACUUCAUGGUGGAGUUGCUGUGGAAUGUUUGAAGUUUUGUCAGGUUCAAAUAGAUAA